UAUCCAUCCAUGACCAUGGCCUCCGUCGGCGACAGCAGCAAUGCUGUGGAAUUAACAUUCCUCACAACUGGGACUGUCCGAAUCAGACCGUCGAUGCGCUCUCAGCCUGCUGAGGGUUACGCUCUGCUGCGCCGUUUCCGGUCAGUAUGCGACAGGAACUGGACAGAACCGAUGCCUGUUGGUGUCUUCCUUAUUCACCAUCCAGAGGGUAUUUUUCUGUUCGAUACAGGGCAGUCACCCUGCUGCAACGACAGCGGCUACUUCCCUCGUACAGCGCUGUUCAAUAGCCUGCUUAGCGAAUUCACCAUCGAACACAAGGAUGGAAUUCUGGAACAGUUGCAUCGGCAGGGGCUUAGAGCGACUGAUCUGAAGGGAAUCAUCUUGAGCCACCUCCAUAAUGACCACGCAGGUGGCCUGGAAGACCUUAUAGGCGAAGCCCCGGACCUCCCAGUCUAUAUCAGUCGCGAACACUGGGACGCCUUCGGGAAACAUCCGCUAUUUGCAAGUUUCGAGGGCGCAACGCCGAAUCACUGGCCUGAGUUUACACCGACGAUUGUGGAUUUCCAGGAUGGGCCACUGGGGCCGUGGGCGCAAUCCCAUCUCUUGACAAGCGACGGUAGUCUUGCUCUCGUGGACACCUCGGGCCAUGUACCGGGCCAUAUGGCGUUGGUGGUACGCAGCCAUAGCGAAGACAAGAUGCCGGUGACUUAUUUUCUACCUGGGGAUGCAACAUACGGCAUUGAUGUGCUGGAUAGAGAGGAGCCGGACGGGAUUAAUGACGACCCAAUGCGCGCACUGCAGACUUUGCGGACUAUCAAGGAAUUUGCGAGACAGACUGAGGUAGUUGUGCUUCCUAGCCAUGACAACGAUACUCCUAGACUGCUUGCUGAGCGAGUUGUAUAUCGGCCGGAUGCUGGGAAGGGGGAUGUACAGGGGUAGCGUGGCUAUAUUAUUCUGUAUGGGGAGAGCCUAUUGGCUCCUUCUUUAUCUUAUUUUACAAUAUAUUGUUUCGCUAUGCCU